UGAAUUGUCAACAUGAAAAUUUGUAUUUUUGUAUUUACAAUUUAUUUGCGGUUUAAAAGCGCAACGUUUAACAAGCUACACUAGCGAAGCGCGAGUUUUUAUAUAUGUAAAUACGUCUUGGUGGAAAAAGUUUAUGUGUGUACACUGCGUAUAAUUUGUAUUGACAAAUCAUUAUUGGUAUCAUCAAUCAGUUUUGUAUGGCAGACAACUGCUUUUCCCACCGCUAAUCCACACUAACAUACAUACAUAUGUAUGAAUCUACUAGUAUGUGAAUACAUACAUAUAAAAUAUAUAUUGUGCUAAAAUUGAAAACAGUGAACGUCAGUAAAGUAACAAAGUGUCUAUAUACAUAUAAACAUAUAUAUGUAUCUGCAUGGAUGUCAAAAAUUUUAGAAAACAUUAGCUUAAACACUCAUAACUGUAGGCAAAGAAAAUGCCAAAGUCACCAACAUUGCCGCCACCCGCUGCGAGAGUUCAGCUAUUCCUGCCAAUACUUUCACAGCAGCCCGUUAAGCGUCUACUCGCCGCAGCUUUAUUGCUAUGCUGCCUGCAAUCGCUGCAAAUAAACUGCCAUGCCCUCCUACUCAAAUGUCCUCUCUAUCAAAUGCAUCUACAGAAAAUUGUUGGCUUCCGGCCGCCCUUGGAGUAUCUAAGCGAACAAAAUCUCAUCUAUUCACCAGCUUAUAAUUUCAAAGAUCGCAAUCGCUACAGGCGCGAAAGUUAUACGAUAUUGGGCGCGACAGAUGGCCCAAGUCAGGAGUUGACAAUAGCGAGCGAAACAGCGAGCGCUUUUUGCUGGCGGAUAUGUAAUGAGGAUAGCGAUUGCAUUGCCUAUGUCCAUUUGUUGGACACAAACGAAUGUUAUGGCUAUACGUAUUUCGAGCGUACGCCACGCUAUCAAGCGAUAGCCAAUGAACUGCCAUUGGUGGCAGAUGCCGAGGCGGUAUUCUAUGAGAAGACCUGUCUAAAGGUGCCCGAGGUGUGUAAGCAACGCAAGUGGACGCUAACGAAAAUUCCCGGUACGAGUUUGGUAUUUCAGGGAAAGAAAACAAUAGCAACGUUGGUCACGCGACGUGAAUGUGCCGAGCGUUGUCUCUUCGAAAGCGAAUUCAAAUGUCUGUCCGCAUCAUUUGCGCCUUCGUAUCGCAAUAAUCGCGAAAGAUUCAGUCACCAUUUAUCAACAGAGCAGCAAAACAAUCAAGAACAGCAACAAUCGCAGCACAAUACAUUAGGACGUUGUAUACUCAGUGAUAAAGAUAAAAUGAUACAACCAGAUGCUUUCCGGGCUGCACCCUACGAUGAAGAAUACAUGGAAAAUCAAUGUUACGAGCGACCGAUCGAAAAAGAUAACUGUUCAUACGAAUUGUAUGGGAACAGUAGCUUUAUUUAUGCGGAAGCAAAAUAUUUGGGUUUAACGCAAAAAGAGUGCCAAUCAUAUUGUUCACAUGAGACAAAGUUUUAUUGCCAAGGUGUAUCCUUCUUCUUUGAGCAUGAUCUUAGCAAUUCAGAAUGCCUACUACACUCUGAGGAUAUAAUAUCAAUGGGGCCACGUAGUUUAAAACAACGCGAGAAAUCUGUUUACAUGCGGCGCGUGAAAUGUUUAGAUGUCCAGGUGAUAUGUACACAAGAUGAAAUGGCCAUCAAGUAUACGCCGAAAGAUUGGUUUCACGGCAAAAUGUAUGUAAGUAUGCAUUCGAAUCAUUGCAUGGUGCAGGGCAAUGGUACAAGAAGCACUGUGUUACGCCUGCCGAUCGGCACCGAGGUCAAAGAAAAUCGUUGCGGCGUAUUGCGUGCGUACGAAGUCACUAAAGCAUAUCAAAGAAUUUUCAUAUCGGCACUGGUUGUUAUACAAAACAAUCCGAAUGUUCAAACUCAAGGUGAUCGACUCAUUAAGGUCGGUUGCAUAAUGAGUAAUUCGACAAUGCGCAAAGAUGUUAGCGAUGAUGGGCGUAAUGAUGAGGUUGAAACGGCGGGUGAAGAUAUACCUAAUGCCAUAGCUUUGGAAUCUUCAUUAGAAUUUGCGCAGCAUAUGUUGCCCAAUGAGGGUUCACUACUUUUCAACAGCACUGAUGUACCACUACUACCAAAAGUCACACUACAGAUAAUAGAUAUAUCACAUCAACACGAAACAAACGACGUACAAAUAGGGCAAAAUCUAGAAUUACAAAUCAUAGCUGAAUACUCACCACACCAACAACAGUUGGUCAACUAUGCACUGCCACCAUUGCCGGAUUUCCGUGCGACUUCGUUAAUUGCGAAAACGCAAGAUAAUAAAAAUUUCGUUAAACUCAUUGACGAACAUGGCUGCCCCAUUGAUGUAACAGUAUUUCCUACGUUGGAGCGUGUACGUUCUACUACACAAAAUAAAUUACGUGCACGUUUUCAUGCUUUUAAAUUUGCGGGCUCGUCAUUGGUAAAUUUUGAUGUAAAAAUACGAUUUUGUAUGCAACGUUGUCCGGAGGAUAAUUGUUAUCCUCACGGUAACACUAAAGAAGAGGAUAAUUUGAGUAAUGCUGUAACCGAUCGUAAGAAACGUGCUCUAAGACAGCGGCGCCAGGUUCUUCCACGAACCACACGAGAAGAGGAGCCAGGUUUACCACCUGCUACACGCUUCAAAGUACAAAAUCCUGUUUAUGUCUCAACUGUGGUGGAUGUGGUGGAAGAGCAAUUGGAAGAUUUAAAUUUGACACGUGAUUUAAAAAUGGAAAAUAUAACAAUGCAGGAUUUAGGUGUGUUGCCGUUGAAUUAUAAUUUAAACGUACGUGGUCCCGAUCAGGUCAACAGUAACAGUUUUAUAUAUGGCGAGCGUGGCAUCCUAUUAAUUGCCGGCAUUGACCGGAUGCAGUUGGAUAGUUUUUGCUUGAAUCAGAGCCUUCUCAUAGCAUUGCUUAUUUUUUGGUUAAUUUUCCAAGUAGCGCUCAUGUUCAGUUGCUGCUACGUCAUACAAAAGUACAAACGUUUGGCUAUGAUGGACGAGGAGCAUCGUAAAAUCAAAGAAAGCUUAGACUACCUAGAAAGUCGGCGCGUACAUUGGGCGGAUCAGGGGGGUUACACGCUUUGAUUUGGGAAUUAAUUUUAAUGAACAAAUCAUUUAUGUAUUUGAUUGUAAAUUGAAAAUAUGAAAUGUAGUUUGCAAAAUACAAGAAAAAAAAUUAAUUUAAGAUAAUUCAUAAAGAAGUUGAAUUCUGACCGUUUAUUUUUUUACUCUGAUAUUUACUAUAUCAACAGCCAAUUGAAAAUAGGAAAUUAAAAUCCGAGCCUUUACAGCCAUUUAUAUAUGUACUUAACAUUAGAAAAAAUCCAAAUUUCAAGCUUUAAGUGUUAGCCUCUACAAUAAGAGUUUGUGUGUAUGUAUGUAUAAUAAAGAAUAUAGUUAGAUAAUUAGUA